UGAAACCGAACACACAACGCACGAAUAGAACAAACUAAAACUGUCAUUUUGAAAAUUGUACGUAAAGGUAGUGGAUAGCGGUCCGGUUUCCGACCAACGAAAAUAUCUUUUUGAAUUUGAAGGUUUUUCGGAACAGAAAAAACGGACAAAUUGUAAGUAGACAGUGACAUUAAGGUAUUCCUUAAUUGACAAUAACCUUUUAUAGCAAAAAACAACAAAUGACGGUUAAAAGUUUUAAAAAACUACCACUGGACGAAAAAGCAACAAUUUCAUUCGAUUCCCUGAGGAAGAUCCAAUAAGGAUCGAAACGUUGGAAGAAGAAAACAUUUAGUUGUUUUUGACCCCGAAAAGACUGAAACGCCAAAACUAUUCGAAAGUCUUCAAAACAGUCGUCGUCAAUAUAGUAAAUAUCCACCAUGGCGGGGUUUUAUCAGAGCAUAAACGACGAAUUCGGACCCGAAGUAAGAGCCACACUAAAAGAGUAUGCGGACAACAACCGAAGAAUGAGCAACAUGGUGGUACGAAAAGAUUUUCUCAUACGAUGCCGAAAGGAAGGUUUGUUCCCCUCGCACAUCCAGAAUUCAUUCAAGUGCGUUUUCCAACUACUCGAGGAGCGCAGCCCCUAUCUGAGAAACCUGGAAAGCUGCAUCACAACAUUCAAGCGAAAAGUCCUAAGUCUGGAGAUCCGACACACAUACUUCAGGAUCAAACAACUGCGGGCGAUGGAACAACAACUACGCGCGAAGCUUUCCGGAGAAUUACCCGAGAGCCGAUACACCACCUUUUUCGCAUCCCAAGAGAUUUUCUUCGAACGACAAACCACAUCAAACCGACAGAAAACAAGCAAUAAAUUCGAACGGCUACUUGCAACUAUGAUUGAUCACUGUUCAAGUCGAUCGCCGUCCCUAAACGAAAAAGCAAUCCACAAUGCCACUGAAAUUACACUACCAGAAAAAGUUGAAUUGCUGCUCAGCCUGGGACCAAAGUUUGCGCUCCCAUCCACCAAUGUUGCCGAGAUGCCUUUCUACCACCUGCUUGCUGAUGUUGAAUCCGUAAUCCAAACCCAUCAAGACGCCGACGUACAGGAGCGAACAAGAUGCAGGGUCGCGAACAACAUCCAGAAUUUCAUUCACCGACAGCAGCAUGCCGGCCCCAUGCAUCCGAAUGAAAGAUUUCUGAAAGAAGCAGAACGUGAGACAAGAAGUUUCCUAAAACAACACCCGAAUUUGUACGUGCUGAAGGCGGAUAAGGGAAACAAAACUGUGAUAAUGCACAAGCAAGACUACGUAGCACGGAUGGAUCAGCUGUUAGCAGACACCAACACAUACGAGAAGACACAGAGAGAUCCGACCAGUGCGUUCCAAACGAAGAACAACGGCAUUGCACGGCGCCUCGAAAAUUUGGGUCUACUGGAUGCAGCAACAGCGAGACGAUUGCGUACCUACAAAGCAGUGUGCCCGAGAAUAUACGGACAGCCAAAAACACACAAACCCGGGCUGCCGUUACGGCCGGUGGUGCCGUGUAUGACGUCUCCAUCGUACGAACUAUCAAAAUUCGUAGGAGCGAUCAUACAACGCUCGUUGCACAGUAAGUACAACAUCUCGGACUCGUUUAAGUUUUGCGAGUUGGUGAACACGGUUACCCUACCGGAGGGACACGUCAUGGUAUCGUUUGAUGUCGUCUCUUUGUUCACAUGUAUUCCGCAAACACUAGUGCGAAAGAGCAUCAUAAAACACUGGGAUGAAAUUGGUACACACACCGACAUUUGUCUCGACCUAUUUCUGGAGGUUACAGCCUUUUGCAUAGAAUGUAGCUAUUUUUCGUUCAAUGGCUCUUUCUAUAAGCAAAAAUUUGGCACGGCUAUGGGGAACCCCCUCUCUCCGAUGAUAGCCGACCUGGUCAUGAAGAUAUUCUAG